CUUUCUUGGAAGUGGAAAGGUCUAGAGUUUCAUUUGAUUCAUCUUCUUGUACAAAAAUAAUGAGAUUGAAAGAUUGGAUGAAUUGGUGAAAAGAACCCAAAAAAGGAAAUUCAUUUGUUGAACAAAUAAAAGUUUCCAUCUUGGAUAACCCUCUUUUGGAAAGUGAUAAACUUUCCAAACCAGUUUCCAAAUAUCUAUAUAUUAAGUUUGGAAGAAAGCUUGUGAUUUGGUGUUUUUCCUUUUGGAGAAUGAGAGAGAGAGCAUAAUGGAUUUCUGGCCAGAGUUUCUUGCAAAUAGUUCGGGUCGAGAGUUUGUGGCUGGAGGGUUUGGUGGAAUUGCUGGCAUAUUCACUGGUUACCCUCUUGACACCAUAAGAAUCGUGCAACAGAACUCCAAUUCAGGCUCAGCCAUUAACAUUUUGCGGAGAUUGGUGGCCACUGAAGGGCCUCAAGCUCUUUACAGAGGCAUGGGUGCACCAUUAGCUUCAGUCACCUUUCAGAAUGCGAUGGUUUUCCAGAUCUAUGCUAUCCUCUCUCGAGCAUUUGACAAAUCAAUUCCUGGUAGUGAUCCUGCUUCUUACAGAGGAGUUUUUCUUGGGGGAGUCGGUACAGGAGCUAUUCAAAGUGUAAUCCUCUCCCCUGUUGAACUGGUAAAAAUCCGCCUGCAAUUGCAGAGUACAAACCUUACAAGAUCCCAUCAAGCAGAUCACUACAAGGGUCCCAUAGAUGUUGCCAGGAGCAUAUUGCGAAGAGAAGGAUUAAGGGGGAUCUUUCGAGGAUUUAACAUCACAGCCCUCAGAGAUGCUCCCUCCCAUGGUUUAUACUUCUGGUCAUAUGAGUACAUGAGGGAGCAGCUCCAUCCGGGCUGCAGAAAGAACGGCCAGGAAAGUCUAAGAACAAUGCUGAUAGCCGGGGGUCUAGCAGGAGUGGCUAGCUGGGUUUGCUGCUACCCCUUAGAUGUUGUGAAGACCAGACUGCAAGCUCAGUCACCAUCUUCCAUACAAAAAUACAAUGGCAUCAUUGAUUGCUUUAACAAGAGUGUAAAAGCUGAAGGUUACAGUGUGCUCUGGCGAGGACUGGGAACUGCAGUUGCAAGAGCUUUUGUGGUGAAUGGAGCUAUAUUUUCUGCUUACGAGAUUGCUUUGAGGUGUUUAUUCAAUAAUGGAAGCAUUCAAACAGAAAAUAGUAAAUACCAUCUAGAUCAUUGAUCUCUGGCUAGUUACUUGACAUUUUAUCAAAAACAAUAUUUAUGUAAAACUGCUGGAUGUCUCUAUGCAAUUGCAGAACAUGAAGAAUAGAAAACUUGAAGAUUAAUUAA